AUGUAUCAUCGUGACAGACUAACGACUGACACCUUAUUAGUCGAGCGUUUUGAGCCCAAGCAGUGCUCGGGCAGCCGUAUGACGCAGAAUGCGUGCGCUGUGGGAGGUAGACACCUUCAGAAUGUAGAGACUUCUUCAAGUGAGUGCGAAGAACCGUCGCCCAUUCCAACACAGGUGUCUCUAGUGUCUCCAUCCGCCAACAACAGUUCUGAAGGAGGUUAUUGAUGGUCAUCGGAGCAACCCGAAGAGGAUUCCAGUCAAAAGUUGACUCGCAAAAGUAUAAUCUUUUUGUUUUGCAACAUGUCCGCCUCGUGUCUUUUUCAAAGAUACACUUUUUUCCAAAGCUUGUGAAUGUCCCAAAAAAUGUCUCAAAAGUCGAGCCCUGAAACCGAAACCAAGCGAAAAAAAUUGAGUAAAUGCGUUUCAACCAGAAAUGGACGACUGCCUGGUGUGGGAAAGCGCAAGUCCGAAGUCUAAGCUGAUCCUAUUACCUCCGACGCCUACGGUACCCAAACACUUGACGUGCAAACGAGCCGUUUCCUGAAAGAGAUACUCUGCCAAACCAUGACGCAACGUCCCCUUCUGGACGACGUACCGGUGAGUCGGUAUGAUUCCCUGAGAAUGUUUGUUCUAGACUCUGAGCGCUUCCUCUAAGAGGCCUAGCGCAUAAAACAACAGAGUCAAUUAACCCUGGCCGUCCUUUUAGCCUUUGAAGGCAGCCGCCGACACCGUAUGUCUGCGCAACACUUUUCUGCCGUCCGUCCUCGUUUCCGCUGAACUCCGGAAGAGCGGCGAGUUUUUCCUGAAGACUUGGUCGGUCAUCGAUUGCGUAACCCACUACUUUUGUUUUUAAUGAGGUGGUAUUCCGAUUCCAAACAAAUUUGAAAAGAGUUUGAACGUCUAAAGUAGAAAAAGUAGAGGUUCAAACUUCCUUGCAGUAUUAUUCGUUUCCGCCGAAGAUAAAAAGUAAGAAACCUGCCAAAAUAUUAUACUUUAUAAUGGGAUUUAUGAAAAAGAUGCUCAACUUUCAAUGAUAAUGAGAGCUAUUUCGCCACCCUUCUUCUAUGAGAAACGAAAGAGCCGACGCAAUUUCAGGAUCAGGAAAAGUCGGAGUUGGGGAAGCCGGAUGAGCCGGUUGCGCAACGCCGCGACGCCUUCUCAUUUCGGAUCGAGCAACACCUCAUUAAUCCUAUUAGGCCGUUAGUUGGGCAGGUCUCUCUUUUUAUCUCCGGCCAGCUACGAACAAGACGAGAACAAUGGCGGCGGCUGA